UUCAGAGGAAUGGGGCUGAUAAUUGUAGCAAAUCAACAGAAAAUGAUCAAGUGCUAAACUUGCUCAUGUUCAACUGGAAACACCGUAGAGAAGAGAAAUGCAUCACCUUCUUCAGCUAAAAACUACCUCUCUGCUCCAGCAAUUCAACCCCUGACAAUACAUCCUUCACAAUUCCACACCAAUCUGCCUGAAAUCAACCGCUAUAUUGUCUCCUCCAACAAAAAGAUUACCUCCUACAUCCGCUGCGGGGACCUAAAUUCUGCUCUGCUAGUUUUUCAGACUAUGAAGAUGAAGAAUACGAUCUCUUGGAACUCAAUUCUAGCUGGGUUUUCGAGCAAGCCCGGGAAAUUGAGAGAAGCCCGCCAACUGUUCGACGAAAUUGCUGAACCAGACAAUAUUUCGUACAACCUCAUGUUGGCUUGUUAUUUCCGAAAUGGUGAUGUGGAAGCUGCCAAGGAAUUCUUCAGAAAGAUCCCAGUUAAGGAUACUGCUUCGUGGAAUACUAUGAUUUCGGGGCUUUCGUGGAACAGGAUGAUGGAUGAGGCUCGGGAGUUUUUUGUUGCAAUGCCAAGAAGGAAUGCUGUCACAUGGAAUGUGAUCAUAUCGGGAUAUGUUGAGAGUGGGAAUCUAGAGUCGGCAUUGGAGUUAUUCGCGGAAGCUCCUAUGAAUGGCGUGGUUGUGAGGACGAGUAUAAUAACUGGAUACAUGAGGAGCGGGAAGGUUGAAUCGGCUGAAAAGAUGUUCCACGAGAUGAUGGAGAGGAAUUUGGUGACAUGGAAUGCGAUGAUUUCAGGCUAUGUCGAGAAUGGUAGAGGGGAGGAUGCUUUGAAGCUUUUCAAGAAAAUGAUGGAAUUGGAGAUUCAAGGCAAUCCAUCAAGCAUGAGUAGUGUCCUUUUAGCUUGUAGUAAUUUGUCCAUGUUGAAAUUGGGGAAACAAAUCCAUCAGCUUGUUUUCAAGUCCCCUAUCUGUUUCGACACGAAAGUGGGGACUUCCUUAGUCAGCAUGUAUUGCAAGUGUGGGGUUCUUGAAGAUGGAUAUAAAAUCUUCAUGGAGAUGCGGCUUAAAGAUGUGGUUACAUGGAAUGCAAUGAUCUCAGGCUAUGCCCAACACGGGGUCACCCUCAAAGCUCUCGAUCUAUUUAAUGAGAUGAGAAACCAAGGAAUGAAGCCAAAUUCAAAUACCUUUAUUGGAGUUUUAUCUGCCUGUAACCAUGCAGGAUUAGUUGAACUAGGUAUUCAUUAUUUUGAAAAAAUGCAGAAGGAUUAUGGAAUUGAAGUAAAAUCGGAGCAUUACACGAGUAUGAUAGAUCUUCUUGGUCGAGCUGGUAAGCUUACCGGUGCUCUGGAUUUGAUCAAAAGAAUGCCUUUUGAGCCUCAUUCUGCCAUGUAUGGAUCCCUUCUAGGUGCUUGUAGGAUUUAUAAAAACUUAGAAAUUGCUGAGUUUGCUGCCACAAAAUUGCUUAAUCUCGAACCUAGUAAUCCAUUUGCAUAUGUGCAACUUGCAAAUGUGUGUGCUGCGAAGAAGGAAUGGGACAGUGCUCGUAGAGUUAGAAGAGCAAUGAAGGACAUCAGAGCCAUUAAAACACCUGGAUAUAGCUGGAUUGAGAUCAACAGUGUGAUUCACGAAUUUAGAUCAGGAGAUAGGCUUCAUCCUGAACUGAAAAACAUACACAGAAAACUUAACGAGCUCGAGAAGAAAAUGAAGCUGGCAGGAUAUGUGCCUGAUCUUCAAUCUGUCUUGCACGAUGUCACAGAGGAUGAAAAGGAGCGGCUACUUCUUCUGCAUAGCGAGAAACUGGCCAUAGCCUUGGGGAUUAUAAGCCUGCCACUGAGUGAGCCUAUUAGGGUCUUCAAGAACUUGAGAGUUUGUGAUGACUGCCAUUUAGCAACGAAAUGUAUUUCAGCAAUAGAAGAUAGAGAGAUAAUAGUUAGAGAUACAACGCGGUUUCACCAUUUUAAAAAUGGAAAGUGCUCUUGUGGAGACUACUGGUAAUACUUCGAAGCUGCCGGAGAAGCUCGUUCCAUGGUUUUUUACCAAGUGGGCAAUAAAGCUAAUCAUCAUAUGGUUUCAAUGACGCAUGGGAUUGACUUGCACGAUCGAAAACUCCUUUGAUCUCCACCAGUAAGUUAAAGAAAACAUCCUAAUGUUAAUACUGUAUUGGUUUUUUGUUUACAGUGUUUCGUGAAUUUUAUCCGUGUUAGAUUGGAAAAUAGGCCGAUGGAUAUAUUCUUCGUCGUUUAAGUAUCUCUUGGCUUACUGCAUAAGGGGGUUUCGAAGAGAUGAAUAAAGAAGAUAAAAGUUCUCAGAUCAUCAUAGAAGCAUGAAAAGAUGGAGAGGCAGAAUCAGGACAUUUGCAUAUGAGUUCAAAAAAGCAGAGUAUAGUCUGAGUCCGAAGCACGAAAGCCCACAUCUGAGAGCAAUGGGCAGGCAUAAGAUGAGAAGCCGGCCUCAAAAAUGAGGCAGACGAAGGAACGACCGUUUUUACCCAACAUAUAUGAAUAUGAGUACGGAAACUUAUGAAUACCAAAGAAAUGAAGAGGGAGAUGAUGUGGUUCGUCAUCAAAAAGUUGGUGUGGUUCGUGAUCCAUAUCAAGUUCCUGUUGGUCGAGGUACGAGGGCUCGAACAAAGAAAUUCACGUGCUUAAUGGGCUCAUUAAGCACGUGAAGGUGCCAAAGCCUCUGUUGCCCAUCAGACUCCAAAAAUUCGAGUAAUUGAAUAAAAUUUUUUGAAUUCAUGCCAAAUUUUGAAAAAAAAUAGAAUUACAUGUAUUUUUUUCACCCCGAAAUAUAAUUGGUGAAAUCACUGAAAAAUCAAGGCUCGAUUUCCAUUUCAUUUUUUCCUUGUGGAUUUGAUUUCAUUAUGAAUGCAGUAAAUUUAUACAUCCA